UCUUUCAGUUCCACGUUCGCUCUUUCUCUCUCUCUCUCUCUCUCUCUCUCUCUCGCCCCUUUUUCGUUUGUUGUUUCCUAUGGUGGUUACUCGCUUUCAAGAUUGAACCUUUUUGGGCCCUUUGGACCGUGAUCUCUGCCAACAGUUACAGUUACAGUACCCCUGGUUUUUUGUUCUUCUUCUCUUUCUACAGCGCUGGUUAAAGAUGACCGUGGAGGACCAAAUUGACCGGUUCCCCGUGGGUAUGCGUGUUCUCGCUGUGGAUGAUGACCCAACUUGCCUCAAAGUCUUGGAGAAUCUCCUUCGCAAAUGCCAAUACCAAGUUACUACAACUAAUCAAGCAAUUGAGGCGCUGAGAAUGUUGAGGGAAAACAGGAACAAGUUUGACCUCGUCAUUAGCGAUGUGAAUAUGCCUGACAUGGAUGGAUUUAAGCUCCUUGAGUUGGUGGGGCUUGAAAUGGACUUACCUGUGAUCAUGUUGUCUGGACACAGUGACACAAAGCUGGUGAUGAAGGGUGUUACACAUGGUGCAGUUGACUAUUUGCUGAAACCUGUUCGGAUUGAAGAGCUGAAGAACAUUUGGCAACAUGUUGUCCGAAGGAAGAACUUUGAUCCCAGGGAUCAGAAUAAGGGUUCCAAUGACAAAAGGGGUCCCAAUGCUGCUGGGGAAGGUAAUCAAAGUAUCAUAUCAGAAGACGGCAGUGACCAGAAUAAAAAUCUUGGCAAAAAACGAAAGGACCAGACUGAAGAAGAGGAAGAUGAUGGUGAAGACAAUGGGGAGGAUAAUGAUGACCCUUCAUCACAAAAGAAGCCUCGUGUUGUUUGGUCUGUCGAGCUUCAUAGAAAAUUUGUUGCAGCAGUUAAUCAACUUGGCCUUGAUAAGGCUGUCCCUAAGAAAAUACUUGAUCUGAUGAAUGUUGAAGGACUUACUAGGGAAAAUGUGGCAAGCCAUCUGCAGAAAUAUAGGCUUUACCUGAAAAAGGCAACCCAGCAAGCUAGCAUGGUUGCUGCAUUGGGUAAUACCGAAUCAUACCUGAGGAUCGGUUCAAUAGAUGCAUAUGCAGAGUUUUGCACCUCUUCUGGUUCAGGAAAGAUUCCAAACCCUGCAUUGCAAUCAUAUGCCUCGAGUGGUAUUUUUGGCAGGCUGAAUUCCCCAGCUAGCUUGAGCAUGAGAGGCAUUAGUGCUUCCACUCUAAUUCAGCCUCCUGUUCAGCCUCAAAACCUGAACAGCACCUUGAGCCCUCUGGGUAACAUUCAGGCAUCAAUAUUUCCGGCAAAUCAAACCUCAAGUUUAUUGCAAGGAAUUCCAACAUCAAUUGAGCUUAAUCAGUCUAAGCAAAACAACUGUACAACAGGUAUAACACAAGUAAAUCAAGUUAGUUGUAGUGGAUUUACUGCUGCCUCUGGCUUCCGUGACCGUAGGCUUACAGUUGGUACAGCAAGCAAUGCUCUACCUUCAGCCGCCUGUAACUCACCACAAACACAUAAUUCAGGAGCAUUUAGAAAUCAGCCUCCUGUUAGACCGGCUUCUUUAGGCACGGAUUCCUUUGAUGCUGGAAUUUGUGGGCCUUCUAAUAUGUUGGAUUAUAAUCGGUGUAACGAAAACUGGCAGAAUGCAGAACAGUUGUCUAAACUUCCUGCCAAUCCCUUGCCAUUGUGUGAGCCGUUCAAUAAUGAUCCACUCCCUCCCACUGGCAUAAAUGUUGCCAACACAAGUACUCGUAUUGGUAACAGUCCUGUUGAUUAUUCAUCCAGAGUCGCGAUUUCUGUUCCUUUGGAGGAUACAAGAAAUGAGCUGCAGCGCCAAGAAGGCUUAAUUGAAAAUAUUGUACAGCCUUCGAGUUAUACAACACCAUCACAAAGGUGGGAAGAACAUAAACUUGAAUACAGCCAAAACAUGAGCCGUCCCUUCAACUCUGUAAACUCUCAUGUUUCUUCAAGUCGAGUAACAAGUUCUUUGGGGCAUAAUUUAAACCAAACAAAUGCAACUUGCAGCAACAGUGUUGAUGCCUCAUUUGUUGGCCAACUGAGUGGAGCUCCCCCAUCAAUCAUCCAGUGCACUAAUGUUGACACAAGAUUGAAGUCAAAUGAUGCCUACAUCUUGGAGCUAAUGAAGUCCCGGGAUGGAUUUAUUCAGAAUAAUUUUGGCACCUUGGAUGACAUAAUGGUCCCAAUGGUCAAAAGGUUUCUGAUGCAGGAACAAAAUGAACCGACAUUUAUAGAUGGAGAAAUGGGAUUUGAGGCUUACCCCGUUGGAUCAUGUAUCUGAUUUCUUCUGAUUCAGCAAGAAUCCCCGAGGAGCAUUAAAAUCGUGAGACACUUUACUAGUUUACUGUCCGUGGAGCCAGUUUCGUUGUGUAGUUUCUAUAUGAUUAAUAUUCUCCUCUUUCUUAGGUAACUUGUUUCUCUAUGGACAUAAUUGUUAGGCCAUCUGAUUCGUUCCCUCUUGUAGUUUACUACCCACAUUGAAAGAUUUCUGCUGCUUUCUUAGAUUGAGGAAUUGUAAUAUGAAUGUGUUCCUUGUUAGUUGUUUACUUGUGCCCCUCCCACUAAGUAAAAAUGUUUAUUGAGCAGGGAAAUUUAAUGGAAUUAUGUUUGCACAUACCUUAUA